AUGGAAGAUGACUGUGUGCUUUUCUACGGCUCUGAGACCUGGAAACUGCGUCUUAACGGCACGCUGACCCCUUCAAAUCAAAUCCAACUUCCUUUCCCCCACAUCAAUCCAAUCGACCGCCACAGUCUCACCAGCACAAACGGGCUCUCCAUAGACCUCGAGACGUGGGUGUUCGUGCUGAACGAGUACCUCCUGUUCCACGUCCCCGCCGCAGAUCUGAGCUUCGAAAUCCCCUACGAGGCCGUGGCGUUGGUCGGACUUCGAGGGCCCCACAUCUAUCUCAACGUGAUAGAAGGAUCAGACCUGCAGCAGCCGGCCAUCGAGUGCGAGCUGUGGCCCGUGCAGGGCCCGUGCAACAACCCGCUCUUCCAGUCGUUCGCAGAUCUGAGCCCCCACCAGCAUCUACAAUCAGCCAUAAAGGAAAUCAACAACAGAAUCGCCGCAACCUCCAACUAUCACGAGUCCGAGUCCGAAGAGGAGCUCACGGAGUCCCCCCGCGACGUGGAAGUGCACCUCAACGAGCAGGGCGAGGCGGACGACGAGCUAAACGACCAGCUCCUACAACUAGACGAGGCUAAUAGCAGCAUGUACGUGGAUUUAGGGAUUCUAAACGGAAAAAGGACCCGCGAGGACGACUCGGUGUUGAGUGGGGGGAGACCGAAACUCAGGUAG